UGUGUCUGUGCUACUGUUGUUCUGUAUUCAGUUUGUUCUGUGUAUGUCACAAAUUCAGAAAUAACAUGGUUCAUCAUAGUGAUCUUAGUAGAUUUCGAUGGGUACUGCUAAGAUUUCACAAAUUUCAUUUUCCUAUAAAGGAGAGUACCAUUUUUUGUUAAUAAUCUCUUGAUAUGUGAUAGUUUUCCGUAUAAUAUAAUGGAGCGUCACCAUUCCUAUCUAAGAAAAUAACAAUAUGGAACAAGGAUUCAUAGAAGAACCAAGUAAAUCCAGCAGAGACAAUAGCAUAAAAGACUUGGGGACUUCUCAAUCUAGCCUUAGGAGCACUAAAAGCUUGGAUAAAUCAAGUACAAGCGGAAGCUUCAAACAUGAAAAGAAUUCUAUACAUUUUAAAAAUGAUAUAAUUCAUGACACUGACAAUCAAAAACUGCAAAAUGAUGCUUCGUCAAAAGUGCCUCAUAAAAUCAUAGCUAACUGGAGAUCAGCUUGUGAUAAAACCAAAGAUAAAACGAAAGAUCUGUUGAAACGAUGGCGAACAUUACCAGAAACUGAAGUAGAAUCGGAGAAGAAAAAUGAUGGUAUUUUGGAAAGUGAAGAAAGUAGCCAGCAAGAAAGUUGUGGAUGGAGUGUUCAUGUAUGGACUACAUGGGUGGACCGCUUCAGUGUAGAUUCAGGUGAAGGUACCAAUGAUAAGGGUGGAUACCAGCUGACUUUGAUUCAAAACAAUAAGUUUUCACAUUUUUUUUCUUGCUUAUUGGACCAUGAUCAAGAUAAUCUUAUUAGCGAACAAGACUUCGAAAAUUUGACAGAGCGGUUUCGUCAUUUUGCUGACUGGUCAAUUAAUUCACCAGAAUUCAAUGUAUUGAGAGAAAUUGAAAGAGGUUUUAUUGAAACCUUUUUGUCUAACAUAUCAGAUGAAAGACUGGGGUUUACAGUGAAUGAUCUCAGCUACUUAACCAAAGACGGUUGGCUGCACAAAUGGUCAGAAAUACUAACAGGCUCAAGAAAUCUGUCUGAUUUUCCAAUAUGGCUACAGUUUUUUGUAAAAGUUCUGUUCCAAGUCAUAAAUAGAAGUGGUACCGGGGUAAUAACAAGAGAUGAACUUGGCUCCUUUUAUUCCUCUAUUCUUGGUUUGGAUGCUGUGAAAGUAGGAGAAAUUCUCGAUUUGGCAUAUCAAGCAAUGACUUCUAAUGGCGAUCAUUUCUUGCACUACAAGUCUUAUAGACUCUGUUUUGCAAACUAUUUAUUAGGUAGACAUCCCAACGGACCAGGGCAAUAUAUUUUGGGUGCCCCUCCAACUUUACCGUCAUCUAUCAUGUUUCCCAUAGAUUAUUCUGCUCUGAAUGCUCAACCUGAAGAUCUCGAACAGUAUGCUCCAGAUCACAAGUCCAAUAGACGUAGUGUAAUUGUAUGAUACUUUUGUACCAAUAUCAUUGGCUGACAAUAUGAAUGGUAUACGCUAAAGUAUCGAUAUUUUAAAUUGGACCUGGUCUUUCAUUAGUAUCAUGAGAGGCAAAGUAGUAAUGAGAUUGUAUCAUAUCAAAAUAAUCCAGUUCUAUCAUAUCAACUGUGGUAGGUUAGGAAAAAGACACUACUACACCGAAAGAAAUUUUUCCAUGGAGAAACAUCACAUCGUUGUGCACUCUAAUGCUGAAUUUAAGCAACUUUCUUACACAAGUGCACCUUUCCCUAUAAAUAAAUUCUAAAUGCUAUGUGAUAUUAAAAUUGUUAGAGAAAGAUGUAUUGUUAUUUGUUUCAGAAAGAUUUUUUGGGUGUUGAGUCGUGUACUACAUAAAUAUUAUUUGUUUAGGUUGGUUUUUAUAUUUAGCUGUUUACCAAAUAAUUUAUCUCCAUUUUUUAUUUGAUGAAUAUUAUCAAAGAUCUGUGGAAUUUCUACCUGAAUUUUUUCCAAUUCUAAGGUACAGUUCAGAAUACACCUGAAUCAUACAAUACUCGCAUUCAUUUUUUCAAAACAGAGUAUUGGUGUUAUCUAAAUACCGAGCAACAUAAUGGGUCUUGAUUUUUUUCACACAAUUCAUGAAACUUGUAAUCGUUUACUUCAUUAGUGGGGCAAACUCAAUUAGUAUCAAAAGCAAUAUCUGACUUAAUGAGAUUUCAAUCAUUUUUCUGGAGUGAAAGUGAAAUACAAUGAUUGUAAAUCAUUUGCAGCAAUAUUGGAAACAUUUUUGUAGUUAAUGUAGUCACUACAGUUUAGAUAUCUGUUUAUUUUUCUUCCUGAGAUUUAAAUGAGAUUAGUUGUGAUUUUUGAACAAUUAUAAAAUGAGCAUCACAGAUCAAAUAAACUACUUUUUCUUAUAUAACGAAUUAGUGAUAAUAUAGAGUUCAGUGGAACAAAACCAUAUAUAACGAAUGAAUGGAAUAAUUGGUAGAAAGGAAGAAAUACUUUUUUUGUGUAAUAAAGAGAAAACGUUAUGUUGAUUGUAGGUAUAGUGUGUGUGCUUUCUGCAACAAUUUUCUAGUACAAAUUUGUCUUUAAAAAUCUGACCAAAAGUUGUUUACUCCAGUGAUAUGUCUUCAUCAAUGGGUAUUUAUUGCAACGAAUUGAAAAAUGACAACACACUGUCAAUAAACAUUGUAAUUGCUUCAUGAGAAUAAAAAAUUGUCUACAUUA